CCCACUAACUAUUGUCUGUGCAUGCUACAUAUAAAGAGUGCUGUACAGAGUGCAAAUUAGCUCAACUGAAAUUUAGAAGGAUCAUAAUAAUCAAGAAAACAUUAAGGCAAAUUAAGGUGAAAAUGGAAACAACAUUCAUGUGCUUUCUUUAUUAUUUAUUCAUAGCAAUUUUUCACUUCUUUGGCAAUUCAGUGUAUGCUAUUGAAUCACCAAAGUAUAUAGUGUUACAAACAGAAUUAGAUUUUGAGAUCAGACUCUUCAAUGAAUCAUCAUGGAUCUCUGCUACAUCUUCCGGAACUAAUUCCUUCGAGCAAUCCACCAAAACAGGAUUUCACAGGUUGUACCAAUAUAUUCGUGGUGCAAAUUUAAAUUCUUCCAAACUAGCAAUCACUGCUCCAAUCUUAACAAGGAUACCUUCAACAAUAUCUUCAGAGGUAAGCUAUAGUGUAAGAAUGUAUGUAUCACCUCACUUUCAAGGGAAACCUCCACAGUCAAAUCCUGAGUUGAAGUUGCAACUUGAGAAAUGGAAAACUCAAUGCAUAGCAGUUAGGAAAUUCAAUGGAUAUGCUAAGGAUGAUAACAUUAAUAAAGAAUUUGAAGCUCUUGUUAGCAGCUUAAACAAACACUUGGAUGGAACUUCAACAAUGAUGCAAGAUACAAGCUCAUAUACUAUUGCUCAAUACAAUGCUUCCUUUCGUAACACCGAACGCGUAAAUGAAGUGUGGAUAAAUGUUUCAGGAUUCAGAACUGAUUGCUGAGGGUAGUCUAUCUAGCUUCUCAGCAUAACAGCAUGUUGUUUCAGUGAUAUUAUGCUUGAAGUGUGUCUUGUUUCAGUUUUUCAUUAUCAGUUCAAUGUAAGAUAAUGCUCCUAGCUAUUCGAGGGUGUACACUGCAGGGGUAAACUUUGUGUAAGGUUUAAAAUUGCGGUUGCGGUCACGAAUGCAGUUGUUGUGAUUGCAGUCAUUGCAGUUGCUGCAAUGUAAUGUGGUUGUUGCAGCGUGAAAUCAUUUAAAAUGAUUUCACAAACUAUAUAAAAUGACACCACUAUGUCGCUACACUAUUUACCCAUCAUUGCAUAGUCUUAAUUUAUUCCAUAAGCACUAAUUUGAAUGUGCUUAAAAUACACGGUCGAGAGAUUGUUAAAGUCAGAUUUUUCAUUAGAUUUGACACAAAUUAGAAUUUGAAGUUUAUAAGUUUAAUUACUAUUUUGAUCCCUUAACUAGUUUUCAGGUUUCAUUUUGGUCCCUUAAUUAAUAAACGUUACGAUUUGGUCCCUUAACUUUAUCUUUGUUUGCCAAAAUGGUCCUUCGAUCAGUUUUUUUUUGCAAAAAAUGUGUGUGUGAGAGAGAAAGAGAGAGGGGAAUAGGAAAGGUAUUGAG